AUGCCCAAAGCAACAUCCUCACUAUCCCACAAGCGGCGGCACAACCCCCUUGAAGAUGACCUCCUCGCGACGGGGGUGCUCAAGAGCAGGGAAGGGCGACCGUCGAAGCGGGCCGACCGGAAACAGGCCGAGGAGCAGGCCUACGUCGAUGCCAAAGCCUCCCGCAAGAUCCUGGCCAUGAGCCGUGAUCUGAUUGACGAAGACGACCUCCAAUCCGCCGACGACGACGACAACAACCACGCAUCCGGCCCCUCCGCGUUUGAGUUCGACCCAUCCCGCUUUGGGGAAGAUAGUGAUCGGGAUGAGGAGGAUGGAGUGGAUAGGUUUGCGAACGAAGAGGCUUGGGGUGAUGAGGAGGAGAUUGUGGAGGAGAUUGAGGUUGACGCGGCUGAUCUUGAUACGUUUAACCGGUUCAUCACGCCGACGAUGAAUGACGACCCGCUGCUUACACAUGGCUGGGAUGGGAAGAUGGGAGGUGGCGGAGCUGGAAGUGAAGAAGAGGAAGGGCCGGGAACAAAUUUGGCGGAUUUGAUUCUGGCCAAGAUUGCGGAAAAGGAAGCGAUGCAGGGCGGGCGGCAGCAGCAGCAGGACUUUAACCCGGUUGAGGAGGACUACGAGAUGCCGCCGAAGGUGAUCGAGGUGUUUACCAAGAUUGGGCUCAUCCUUGCUCGGUACAAGUCUGGCCCAUUACCGAAGCCGUUCAAGAUUCUACCGACAAUUCCUCACUGGGAAGAGAUCCUCCAAAUAACACGACCGGACCUCUGGACGCCAAAUGCUUGCUUCGCAGCGACAAGGAUAUUCGUCUCGGCUAAGCCCAUUGUUGUCCAGCGAUUUAUGGAGAUGGUGGUUCUGGAACGGGUCCGCGAAGACAUUUACGAAAACAAGAAGUUGAACGUUCACUUGUUCAACUGCCUGAAGCGCGGGCUCUACAAGCCUGCUGGUUUCUUCAAGGGGUUCCUUUUCCCACUGGCCGCAUCUGGGACCUGCACCUUACGCGAGGCGCAAAUCGUGUCGGCGGUGCUCGAGCGUGUGUCGAUCCCCGUUCUUCAUUCGGCCGCGGCUAUCAAGACCCUGUGCGAUAUCGCGGCGGAGCAGGCGUCACAGCACUCUGAGUGUGUUAGUGCGACCAACCACAUGCUUCUGAUUCUUCUGAAGAAGAAGUAUGCCCUGCCCUGGCAAUGUAUCGACUCCCUCGUAUUCCAUUUCCUCCGCUAUGCCGCGGCGGCCAGAGAUGGCGAUGCGCCAAGGUCGUUGCCGGUCAUCUUCCACCAGUGUCUGCUCGCGUUUGCCGAGCGAUAUCGCAACGAUAUCACCGAAGACCAACGUGAAGCUCUCCUUGAUCUUCUCCUGAACCACGGCCACGAAAAGAUUGCUCCGGCAAUUCGGAGGGAGCUGCUUGCCGGGCGAGGGAGAGGUGUUGCUGUGGAGCCGGCCGGCCCGACGUUUGAUGGUGACGACACGAUGUUGGUUGAUUCAUGA